AUGAAGAGGAGGAUGCAGGAGGAAGCAGAGAUGAAGAGGAGGAUACAGGAGGCUGACAGAGGGAAGAUGUUGGUUCAGGCUACCUCAGAGACACAAGCUAAUGUGACAAAGGAGCUCUCCAUUAUAGAAGACAUUAAAAUGAUCUACUUUCUCUUUUUCUUUUUUCUAGCAGAUUGCUGUGUGGGUAUUGAGAUCCAGCAGACUCCCCCUGCUCUCGUCAAAAAGCCCAAUGACAUGGUGCAGCUAGUCUGCACCCACAAUCUAACUGAAUACAGAGUGAUGCUGUGGUACCAACAACCAGCUGGCCAGACAGAUAUGAAAUGCAUUGGAUAUAUCAACUAUCGUGAUGUCACAGUGGGAGAGACAUAUAAACAGAAUUUCGAGAUCAGUGGAGAUCUUAGUACAAGAGUGUCCCUCGAUAAAGAAAUAAAGGUUCUUCAAACUCCAGAGCAGCUCCUGACGCCGCCGAAUGAGGAAGUCAGGCUGACCUGCAAACAUGAAAACCAAAACUUUAACACUAUUUUGUGGUAUCAGCGCUCCAAAGGAGACACUGCUCUGAAGCUGAUUGGCUUCAUGUAUUAUCAGUCUCCAACUAUUGAGCCAUCAUUUGUAGGUCAGUUCAACGUUAGUGGAAAUGGAGAGAGUGCAGCGGAUCUUCACAUCUUGAGACCGAGACACCCUGAACACAGCGCAGAUAAUAAUUUUAUCCAAACAUCCACAGAUCUGGUCAGCAGCAUCAUAUUUAAUCAAAGUCUUCCUCAGAUUGUGAACGUGAGCUCUAAGGUCCGCAUCACAUGCAGCCACGAUGACGGGUCCCGCCUUGUGAUGCUCUGGUACCAGCAAAGAACAGGCAGCCAGUCUAUGACCCUCAUUGGGUUUGGAUAUGGCACAGGAGACCCGACCUACGAGGGUCAAUAUAAAGAAGAAUUUAAGCUUGAAAGAGAAGACAACGUAAAAGGAGCUCUGGUUAUUCCCACAGCAAACCUGUCACACUCUGCAGUGUAUUUCUGUGCUGCCAGCACACAUGUGACAAACUACAACCCUGCUUACUUUGGUGCUGGCACCAAAAUGACAGUUUUGGCACCAAAUACAACAGUUGAACCACCAAAAGUGAAGGUGUUUAAACCUUCAACAAAGGAGUGUCAAAAUGAAAAACACAAGAAAAACAAGAAGACCUUGCUGUGUGUGGCCUCUGAUUUCUAUCCGGACCAUGUGAAUGUGUCCUGGCAGAUUGAUGGGGUGGACGUCAAAGAUGGCGUCGCCACCGAUCACUCUGCCCACUGGAAUGGUACACACUACCGCAUCACAAGCAGGCUGAGAGUCUCAUUUUCACAGUGGUUCAAACCAGGCAAGAAUUUCACCUGCACCGUCAACUUCUUUGAUGGGGAACAGACUGUUCCUACUGCAGGCUGGGUCACAGGCAUUCGAAAUCCAGGAGCUGCAGCAAUAAGAAACAAGUAUCUGAAGACCACCCACAAUGCCAAGCUGUCAUAUCUGGUUUUGAUCAUCAAGAGCAGCAUCUACGGACUCUUUGUGAUGAUCCUGGUGUGGAAAUUUCAGGGGUUUUCAAGAAAACCGAAGAAAUGAAAGCUGAGCUGAACGACUGAGCUGCUUUCUGUGAAAACAAAAACAUUCACAGUAUCCUAAAGCUUUGCUUUCCAUUUGACUUUCUUGCAUUUAGUACAUAAAUAAGUGGACAUC